AGUUUUGGAUCUGUUGGAUUUGAUCCUCCUCCUCACAUGAGAGUACCUGGAAUCCCUCCAAAUCUAGCAGGAAUUCCAGGGGGAAAACCAGCAUACUCCUUUCACGUUACUGCAGAUGGUCAGAUGCAGCCCGUUCCUUUCCCUCCUGAUGCCCUCAUUGGUCCAGGAAUCCCUCGCCAUGCCCGUCAGAUCAACACUCUGAACCACGGGGAAGUUGUGUGUGCAGUUACCAUCAGCAACCCCACGAGACACGUGUACACGGGUGGGAAGGGAUGCGUCAAAGUCUGGGACAUCAGCCAGCCUGGCAACAAGAGCCCUGUCUCUCAGCUGGACUGCCUGAACAGAGAUAACUACAUCCGCUCUUGUAAAUUGCUGCCUGAUGGAUGCACCCUAAUAGUUGGCGGAGAGGCCAGCACAUUAUCCAUAUGGGACCUGGCGGCACCAACUCCUCGUAUUAAAGCAGAGCUGACAUCCUCAGCCCCUGCCUGCUAUGCUUUGGCUAUCAGCCCUGAUUCCAAGGUGUGCUUUUCCUGCUGCAGUGAUGGGAACAUUGCAGUGUGGGAUCUGCACAAUCAGUCAUUGGUCAGGCAAUUCCAGGGCCACACAGAUGGAGCCAGCUGUAUUGACAUUUCUAAUGAUGGUACCAAGCUCUGGACAGGAGGUUUGGAUAACACUGUCAGAUCCUGGGACUUGAGAGAGGGGAGACAGCUACAACAGCACGACUUCACAUCACAGAUAUUUUCCCUUGGUUAUUGUCCUACUGGUGAAUGGCUAGCUGUGGGAAUGGAAAGCAGCAACGUAGAAGUGCUACAUGUAAAUAAACCAGACAAAUAUCAACUGCACCUUCAUGAGAGCUGUGUGUUGUCACUCAAGUUUGCUUACUGUGGUAAAUGGUUUGUAAGUACUGGGAAAGAUAACCUUCUUAAUGCAUGGAGAACUCCUUAUGGAGCCAGUAUCUUCCAGUCCAAAGAAUCUUCAUCAGUGCUUAGCUGUGACAUCUCUGUGGAUGAUAAGUACAUAGUCACUGGCUCUGGAGACAAGAAGGCUACAGUCUAUGAAGUUAUCUACUGAAAAAUAUGAUGGGGAUAUAACUUUCAGAAGUUGAACUGGGCCAAAAUUGUUCUUAAUUGUAGAAAUAGAAAGGUUUUGCCUUUUAAAAAGGAACAAAAGUAUUGAGGUUCCAGACCUUCCCAUGAAACUACUCCAGUUUUUCAAAACAGAAGGCAACAUCCAGCAACUAAAUAUCGGCUUUGUGGAACAAAAGGAACACAGAGGCAAGAUGGACAGAUGUAGCCUAGGGUUUUGACAUAGUUUUUAAAAGGCGAGUCUACUGAAGAAUGUUGGAGCCUUUUUUUUUUCUUUCAUUGUGACCUCAUGCAAAUUUGUUUUCACUGUCUGAAUAUGGGGGAUAAAUACUUUUCUGUUCCUUGCAGUUCAAGUUGCAUUCUGUCCUGUGUAGAGCAGUGGUGUCUCAGAUGAACCUGUUGCCUGGUUUUGCAUCUUGUGAUAUGUUUUUGUAUUUUUGUUGAAGGUCAAACAUUUGUAUAAAUUGUAAAUAUAUUUAGUUUAUUAUAGUAAAGGCUUUAGUACCAACAACCAGUCUUCCCCCCCUACCCGCUCCCGACCCCUUCUUGCCCACCUUGCUUAUUUAAAAUUAAAAACUUUUUGGGGAUAUAAGUACCUUUUUAGAAGCAAAAGCAAACACUAUGUAUAGUUUGAAAAUGGUGUCUUAUUCUUUAUAACUCUUCCUAGAUUCCUUUAUCAUACUUCAAAUUAGUUGUUUUGACAUAUUAGGAUAUCAA